AUGGUGACCAAGGCCAAACGGACAUUCUUUGCCAUUGUCACGAUAGUCCAGAGCCAGUGGAUUGGCAAGAUCCAUCACAGCACCAAGCACAACCUAACGAAACGAGUUACUGUGACGAUGGUGUAUUUGGCCAGUGGAGGCUCCAUGGACAACGCGGCGACAGUACUUGGGAUGUCGAAGUCAAGCGCUGUGGUAUACAUUAAUCAAGUUCUUUCGGUUCUGUCUAAAAUGGCUAAACAAAAAAUUACACUGCCAUCGACUUCUGCAGAGAUUAAGCGGGACUUUCAGCCGAAGAGCGGGCUGAAUGGGAGUAUUGGCGUGACCAUGGCCGUCAUGUCACCGCACGACUACAUGUAA